AUGUGAGGCUAGAAGGGUGAGAUGUAACAGAAGAGCAUGGAGGAUAACGUUUAUUGAAUUGCUUCACUGAGCUGGGGAUGGCGCGCUCGUCUCGCGCAUUAUGUUCAGCACUCAGCCUCGGCUUGGCUCGGCUAUAUACUGGCAAUAGCACGAUACAAGUACAGUUGACAGGUGGUGCAGAAAGUUUUCGGGUUUACAGUACGCAGCCUGCCCGAGUGCCUAGAAUGGAAUAUCAGGAUGCAGUGCGGGCAUUAAACACCUUGCAGACUAAUGCUAGUUUUCUGGAGCAGGUUAAGCGUGAGCGAGGUCAGCCCCAGAUGCAGUUGGAGGCAAUGAAAGCAUUCCUUGAGCGUACUGGAUUAAUGGUGGAAGAUUUAGAUCAGUUGAACAUAAUCCAUGUUACUGGAACAAAAGGAAAGGGAUCAACCUGUGCAUUUGCUGAACGAAUAUUGAGGAACUAUGGCUUGAAGACUGGUUUCUACAGUUCUCCGCAUCUUGUACAAGUGAGGGAAAGAAUUCGAAUAAAUGGACAGUCUCUCAGCAAAGAGCUCUUUACCAAAUAUUUCUGGCAAGUCUACAACCGGCUGGAAGAAACCAAGCACAACCAGCAUGGUGGUGGUAUGCCUGCAUACUUCCGUUUCCUCACAAUUUUGGCUUUUCACGUUUUUCUUCAGGAAAAGGUUGAUUUGGCAGUUAUUGAAGUUGGCAUUGGAGGUGCAUAUGACUGUACAAACAUCAUUAGGAAACCUGUUGUAUGUGGAAUCUCCUCACUUGGGAUUGAUCACACAAGUAUCCUUGGGGACACUAUAGAGAAGAUUGCUUGGCAGAAAGGGGGCAUCUUUAAGCCUGGUGUGCCAGCAUUUACUGUCCAGCAACCGGCAAGCCCACUAGCAGUUCUCAUGGAUAGAGCUCGUGAAAUUGGGUGUUCUCUUCACCUUUGUCCAGAUUUGGAUGAUUUUGAAUUGGAGGGUGUGAAAUUUGAACUGGGACCUGAAGGAGAUCACCAGCGGUUGAAUGCUGCCCUUGCCCUCCAGUUGUGUCGAACAUGGCUACAACAGCGUCAGUACCAGGAUUUUUUUGUGGCACAGGAUGCUGUUCAUGUCCCAGAGUUGAGUACAAGUGGUCGACCUCCACUAACUUCCACAUUUAGGCCUAGCUUGGCCAUGCUUGAAGGCUUAAGAAAUACUGAGUGGCCAGGGCGAACACAUGUUCUAAGUCAUGGUCCUCUGACUUAUUAUAUUGAUGGUGCACACACCAAAAGCAGUAUGCAGGCUUGCAUAAAGUGGUUCCGAGAAAGAGCCUUGAAGGAAGAAAAGACUGUAGAUGGUCCUGUGGCCAGAGUACUGCUGUUUAACACUACAGGAGAACGAGACAGUGCUGCAUUGCUCAAACUGCUUCAGCCUUGUCAGUUUGAUUGUGCAGUAUUCUGUCCAAAUCUUGUGGAAAUAUCUCCUUCUGAUAAUGCAGACCAGCAGAAUUACAAUGUGACACUGGAGAACAUAUUGACUCGUUGUAUUGAGAACCAAAAGAUAUGGAAUAAGUUAAUGGACGAGCGACCUGGUCAUGAUGUCUGGACAAGUUCUUCAUUGAAUUUUGAAGAAACGGACAGCUUGGGUAAUAAACUUCUACUCAUGCCAGGGGCUGAGAGGAAAAUAGAUUCCAGCAGCUUGGUGUUCCCAUGCAUCAGUAGUGCCUUGCAGUGGAUUACACAGGGACGAGAUCCAGGCCUUCUGGAAUCAAGAGGGAAGAUUCUUCAGUUGCAAACUGUUGGUAGCAACCAUGCUAUUUUUCUUCAAGAGGCUGUGACUAUUCAGGUCCUUGUCACAGGAAGUCUCCACCUGGUGGGAGGAGUGCUAAAACUUGUUGAUCAGUCAUUGUCACUGUAGACUGAAAAAUAAAAGUGGUACAUAUUGGUCAUUUUUAAA